AUGACGCCGACAGUCACCGAAUUGUCAACGGAAAAUGCUACCUCGCCAGAGCCGAGUUUCGAAGACACGGAUCUUUACACAAAUCGCACGUCGGCAGAUAUCGCGUUGAUUAUCCCUUUCAGAAACAGAACGGCUCAUCUGGAUGAACUGCUGAGACACCUACUGCCGUUCCUAAAUGCGCAGAACGUCUCAUCUCAUAUUUUUGUCGUAGAACAGAUUGCUGAUCAAACGUUUAACAAGGGAAAACUGAUGAAUGUCGGCUUCCUGUUCGCCAAGCACUGGGCAGAUUUUCCGUGCUAUAUUUUUCAUGACGUCGAUCUGUUGCCGGAAGACAGCAGAAAUCUCUACCAAUGUGGACUGGGUCCGAGACACUUGUCCGUCACAGUUGACACUUUAGGCUACAAGUGA